AUGGGUAAUUGGCAUCAUUUACUGCCACUGGAGGGAAACAGACAUCAUUUACUACCACUGGAGGGCAACAGACAUCAUUUACUACCACUGGAGGGCAACAGACAUUAUUUACUGCCACUGGAGGGCAACACACAUGAUUUACUACCACUGGAGGACAACAGACAUCAUUUACUGCCACUGGAGGACAACAGACAUCAUUUACUGCCACUGGAGGGCAACAGACAUCAUUUACUGCCACUGGAGGGCAACAGACAUCAUUUACUGCCACUGGAGGGCAACAGACAUCAUUUACUGCCACUGGAGGGCAACAGACAUCAUUUACUGCCACUGGAGGGCAACAGACAUCAUUUACUGCCACUGGAGGGCAACAGACAUCAUUUACUGCCACUGGAGGGCAACAGACAUCAUUUACUGCCACUGGAGGGCAACAGACAUCAUUUACUGCCACUGGAGGGCAACAGACAUCAUUUACUGCCACUGGAGGGCAACAGACAUCAUUUACUGCCACUGGAGGGCAACAGACAUCAUUUACUGCCACUGGAGGCUAACACACAUCAUCUACUGGCACUGGAGGGCAUUACUCAACAUUUCGUGGCACUGUAG